GACACCAAUGCCAUUGCAGGUGACAAGGAAGGAGUGCCAAAACUAUUGCCUAAGAUUAUGCAACCAACAAGCGUGACAAGUGGAUCUGGCCAGGAGAGGCAUGAUGACUUCAAUUUGACUGCAACAGACAUUUGAGUGCAGCAGAAACCAGCGCAGAUUCACAUGGACUCUCAAGCGAAGGUUCAGAAGAGGAGGGCAGCUGUGGCAACAACAACAGCAGCGCCUGAUGGUGGCUACGCCUGGUUCGUCUCACUCUCCUGCUUCGUAGUCUUUGGUCUGACCUUUGGGGUCAUUAAAGCCUUUGGUGUAUUCUAUGUUGAGAUACACAAAUACUUUGAAGCCACAGCAACAGAAACAUCAUGGAUCACCUCUAUCGCUGUGGCUACCAUUCACAUUUUAGCUCCUGUAGCAUCUGCUCUGAGUGCUCGCUACAGCCAUCGCUCUGUAGUGAUAAUGGGUGGACUAAUUUGCAGCUUGGGAGUCGUGACUGGGGCUUUUGCUGGUAACCUGAUUGAACUCUACCUGACAGUGGGGUUCCUAAAUGGUUUUGGUUAUGCAUUAACCUGGACCCCCACAGUGACCAUGCUGGGCUUGUACUUUGAGAAGAGGCGUCCGGUGGCUAAUGCCUUGGCCAGCGCUGGAGAGUGCAUUUUUACCCUUGUCCUCACACCCCUGUUCCAGCUGUUGAUUGAUAGUUACUCUUGGAGGGGUGCUUUGGUGAUCCUGGGGGGACUGCAGCUUAACCUGUGUGUGUGUGGGAUACUGCUGAGACCCCUAAAAGCCACAAGAGAUGUGGUUUGUGUCAGUGAGGUCGAAGCAGAAGAGCAAGGCUUUUCGCUGGAAUUGCUCACAAAAGAGGACUCGGAGCAGAGCAAAGCAAACUGUCAAGAGACAGAGCAGCUGAGAAUAUAUGAGGGCUUUGAUCAAGGGACAGUCGAGGUACAUCUUCAAGACCCUGAGGAGAUACCCAAUUCAAUUAAAGACUCAAACUGCAGGAAUAAGAGGACUGAAUUAAGGACCAAAAUCCUGCGAUAUGUAGAUUAUACCCUCAUCACCAAUACGCAAUUCAUGGUCUACUCAAUGUUUGGGGUGUUUGCUGCUCUGGGUUUCUUUGCUCCAGCGUUGUUCCUGAUUCCUUAUGCUCGCAGUAAGGGGAUUGAGGAGUACCAGGCGGCUGCGCUCAUGUCCAUCUCGGCUGCGCUGGACUUGUUUGGAAGGGUGUUCUUUGGCUGGGUGGCAAACCUGAGACUGGUGGAGAUGGUGCAACAGCUGACGGCUACAGUGAUUCUGCUGGGUACUGUGUUACUCCUCUGCCCACUGGCCUCCUCGUUCUUAGAGCUGGCUGCUGUCAGCACAGCUUAUGGCCUGGUGUAUGGUGCUGUUGUCUCCAUCCACAUCACUGUGCUGGCUGAGGUUGUGGGCGUCCACAGGCUUGGAAGUGCACUGGGAUUUUUCAUGCUCAUACGCAGCAGCGGAGGGCUGCUUGGACCACCCAUCGCUGGAUACUUCAUUGACAAGAUGAGUGAUUACGGGAUGGGUUUCAUCAUGGCAGGAGUGGCUCUCAUUGUCUCUGCCCUCUUCCUGCUCCUCCUCCGGCAGAUAAACCGCAGGGGUCAGAGGUCGACCGCCAAGAAUCACAACAUGCAUACGCACAAAAUGGGACAAAGCCUCGGAGCUGAAGCCAAAGAGCUUGGCAUGACAUGAAAGAUGGAGAACUAGUUCCUGUUGCUGAUGGACACCGAAUUGGAUCUCACAGUCAAAAAAUGGAAAAGUUACAGAUAAAACUGAGGCAGCGGAGUUUAGAGGUCUAAAACAAAUUGUCAUGUGAAGAAUCAUCUCCAAGAUCAGGGCCGUCAGAUUUCAAUGGGAGUCUGUCUGUAAGUGAUUAGAUUCUUUCCAGUCAGUAUGAUCUCAGUCUGUCACACAGGCAGCAGAAAGUGUGUGUUUGCAGGGAAUGAUGAAAUUGAUAAAUCCUUUAGACAGUAUGCAGCAGAUCUGCAGAUUAGGGUGGGAGGGGUGGUCAGACCAGGGGAGGGUUUUGUUUUGUUUUUGUUUUGAAUGUCACCAAUAGGAUCAGUUCUGCGGGGGCAUUUAAAAUCACAAUUCUUUAAAAAAAAUAUAUAUUUCAUUUUGCACAUGAAACCAAAUUACCUGAUUCAUAAAAUAAGAUUGUAGAGGAUGGUUACUGGUAGUGUAGCAGUCAGUAGUUCUUGCUUCAAACAUAGAGAGUGGCUGGAAUAUUUGUGAAAUGUGAUGCAUCAUUUGUUUGAAAAUUUGCCAGUUGCUAGUUUCAUUUCUAAUGUAUUUGGUUAAUUUGUGAAAAUGAAUGUCAAUUAAAUACAUGAAAUGUUUAAAUCAGGCUAAUUAAUCUUAAAUAGUUUAUGUUUUUCCUCUUAUAGUUAUUUAUUAUCAAAGGAGUUUUACCAAUGUUGUACAAUAUUAAGGUACGGGCAGGAGGGUUUUACAGUUUUUUUUCUAAGUCAAUGUAUGUGUUUUACAUAUGUUGUCUUAAAAGUCACUCUUUGUUA